AUGCUGGAGCACGGCAGCGUGCCGAGGCACUAUGUGAAGGGCAAGGUCAUUGGCUCCGGCAGCUUUGGAGUGGUCCAUCUCGGUAUCGACCUGCACACAGGCCAGGAGGUGGCGGUCAAGGUCAUGCCCAAGCAGCGCGGCAAGCUGUCUAGGGAGCGCACCCUGCAAAAGCUGGUCAAGGAGGUUGGCAUCCUGCACCAGCUGCAGGACUGCCCCAACGCGGUGCGGCUGCUGGGGUGCUUCGAGUCUGGGGAGGAGGUGCAGCUCGUGACGGAGCUGUGCACCGGCGGCGACCUGCAGAAACUCAGCGAUGUGAGCGGCCGCGGCGGCCCUGGCCCAGGCGAUGGCAUUAGGCCCCUUGACUUUCAGGCAGCGGCUGCAGCCCCGAUGGUUGCAGGGACGCGGCUGCGGGGCAUGGACUGGGGCCAGAUGCCCGAGCGCGCCGUGGCGCUCAUCGCGUACGAGGUGCUCAAGGUGGUGGCCGCCUGCCACGCGAUCAACGUGCUGCACGGCGACAUCAAGCCGGCCAACUUUGUCCUGCGGCACCGCCAGAAGAACCCCUUAGUCAGCGGUGACCUGCAGUACCUCUUCACGCCCUGGCUGGCCGCCAUCGACCUCGGCUGCUCGCAGUACCUUGGGCCAGACCGGUUCACAAAGCGCACCGGGACGCCGGUAUACAUGGCGCCCGAGAUUUUUGAGAGGGAUUACUACGUCGAGGCCGACAUGUGGAGCGUGGGCAUCAUGCUGUAUCAGCUGUACGCGCGGCGGUUCCCCUACUGGUCGACGUACGAGCAGUGCCGCAGCGCGCGGCUGGAGGAGGUGGCGGCGCUCGCGCAGGACUCCCCUCUGCCGCUGGACUACGGGCCGUGGCUCCAGAUGAGCAGCGAGGGGGUGUCGUUCCUGCGCGGCUGCCUCACGCGCGACUACGCGCAGCGGCUGACGGUUGAAGAGGCGCUGGAUCACCCCUGGUUUGACAAAUGGCUGCCUGAUGAGGAUGACGUCAUGGCCGACCGCGUGGCGUCGGGCAGCAGCGCGGCCCCAGCGGCGGCCGCCGGCGACGGCAAACGCGCGGGCCCGCUCGACAGCCUUGGCAGCAGCUCGGACGAGCAGACGGAGCAGCACCGGCAGCAUCUGGGCCAGCGGCCGCGGGGCGCUGGCGCCGGGGGCGGCGUGGGGGUGGUGGCGGGCGCGGGCGCGGGGGCGCAUGAAAUGCACCGGAUGGUCUUGGUAGAUCCAGGGCUUGCAAAGCAGCAGCAGCAGCAGCAGCAGCAGCAGCAGCAGCAGCAGCAGCAGCAGCAAGAGGCGCAUCGCCACCAACACCAGCAACGGCAGCAGCUGCAUGACCAGCAGCAACAGCAGCAGCAGCAGCAGCAGCAGCAGCAGCAGCAGCAGCAGCAGCAGCAGCAGCAGCAGCACCAGCCGCCCCACAAGCGGAGGCAGGUGACGGCCCCACACGCUCAGCACGCUCAGCAUGCUCAGCAGCAGGGCCACGCCGGUACGGAUGUGGCGGCGCACGGCGAGCAGCAGCGGUUACCAGCAGGCGGCCGCGAUGCGACCGGCGGCAGCAUCCCGGUUGGCGUCACGAUUGAUGGGGCCUCCAAGACGGCCAAGCGUCACAAAGGUGCAAGCAGCCCGUUCCAUGUUGUGUGA